AUGAAAUUAACAUAUAAAAUAUUCCCCAGUACUAUUAUUCAUACAAAAUUAUUUUAUCCACUGGCUCUAUUUUUUUUCUUACAAUCCUGCAUUUUCUUAGAUGAAGUUGACUAUCUUUCAAAGAUUUCUCCAGUCUAA